AUGAUACCAAGCUCCAAGCUGGCAUCAACCACCACCUCCACUCCGCCAUUGUCCUCCAAACCACCGUCCUUGAGCCAAUUUCCCAGUGAAAUCUGCCUCCGAGCUAUCCAAAACUCAUUCACUGCCAAUUACAUACACCCCAACAUCACCGAUCCCCCAAACCCCAAAAUCAUGGCUCCCAAGCGCCACGCGGCCUCAACUACCUCCGCGGCACCUUCUACACCCACGCCCACGCCCGCGCAAGCGCCCACAACCAUAACACCGAAACUCUCCUCAGGCCCAAAUACCCUCAAGACCAAUGCCUCAGCUGCUGAAAUCGCCGGCCAUGUCUGGCAGCAGUAUGCAUCUACAACGCCGCAGCGGACACUCCUCCUAGAUGCCUUCAUGGCGUUCUUGGUUCUUGUCGGUGGAUUGCAGUUUGUGUACUGUGUCCUAGCUGGAAACUAUCCCUUCAAUGCCUUCCUCAGUGGCUUCAGUGCUGCUGUUGGUCAAUUCGUCCUUACCGCAAGUCUGCGCAUGCAAACUAGCGACAGCGGUGCUGGCUCUGCCUCAAAGCCGAGCUCUAAGGGAAAGAAUGCGCGCUUUGCGGAUGAUAAUGAAGAGCAGGGGAGUGGUACUUCGCAUGAGAGGGCCUUCGCCGAUUACAUCUUUGGAAGCUUGAUCCUACACUUUUUCUGCGUCAACUUUAUCAACUGA